AUGACGAACGGCCGAUUCGACAUUCUCCUUCACGCGCUCUCCCCAUGCUUCGUGCCUGCUACCUCCCGCGACAGCGGCCUCGUUAAAGUCACCACUAUCCCGCUCCGCCCCAAUUCGCUCCUCCGCGUGGGGCGGUCGCGGUCACAAUGCGACGUCAUCAUUCUAGACUCCCGCGUCAGCCGCAUUCAGUGCGGCUUCUUCUGGUGUGCGCAGACGGGCAAACUGUUUCUCGUGGACGGAACCAGCCAAUCAGAUGCCGCGAUAGCCAACCAAACAAAUGCCGCAAUAAGCAGCCAACCAGGACUCGCGGACGCCAUCCAAUCAGGAGCCGCGGAAGCGAGCCAAUUAGGAGCCGCGGAAGCCAGCCAAUCAGGAGCCAUGCAUGCUUACAGUCAACCCGACUCCCUAGGAAUGCAGACGCAGCCCGACACCGAUUUUAGCUGCUACCCUGACAUGUCUCAUGAGCUCGAGGACACUAUUCAUGCGAACCACCCACCGCCGCGCCGCGGCGAGUCGCCACACGCCGUGGAGUCGCGUGCAGGUGCGCAAGAGCCAAUCGCGUUCUCCAAUCACGGGAGCCAGUUUCAGUCGUAUCCCGAGCCGCAGUUAGCGAAGGCAGCAGCGAGGAAACAGCUAGAAGUCGAGGACGGACUAGCAGACCCCGUUGUGGACGAAUCCGCGCAGUUGCCGCUCAAGCGACGUCGACUGGCAGGCCUCUCGCGCUCCGUGAAUCCCCAGCCGCCGCUGCCAAUCCCGCACCAACGGUUCCGCGGCCAUCCUCCCCACUUGCCCGCUUCUCUCACCGAUCGAUCCAGUAAAGGAGGAUUCUCAGUUGCAGCUGCCGAGCCCGUGGCGGCGGAUCUCGCGGCUUCUCAAGAGUCGGCCGCCGCACUGAGGUCCCCGCCGGUUACUAAGUCUCUUGGUCGAGGUCGAAGCGCAGGGGCUUGUCCGGAAUUCCUCGCGUUUCCGGGAGCGCAAUCAUGGUGUGUGAACGGCGCUUCGUUACAACCGCUGGCGCCAUCCUCGAUAGUAGCACGCUCGAUGAACGGAACGUACGUCAACGGCAGGCUCGUGGAUGCGAGUCGUCCCGUGGCUUUAACGAGCGGUAGCGAGGUGUCGUUCGUCGUUCCUGUAUCGAAGGGGCGGCUCGCGGACGCAGGGUUCGGUCACCCUCUGGGCUUUCGAGUUGUGAUUGAAGAAACGGGUGACAGAAGCAGUGAUGGGAUAAGCGGGGAUAAGUGCCGCGAUAAGGGGACGCCCUUUUCUGGCAUCCCACGGCAGCCUUCGAUAAAGUCACACGGUCGCAAGUGCGCUCUUUCCGCGAAGCUACAGCGAUCCAAGAGCCAGCCCGAAGCUCGACAGAGAAAUCAAGCGGCCGGUACUGGGCAAAUGAAUGGUGACAGUGUAGUAUGUGUGACAUUAGCGAGCGCGCGCACGCCGCGGUCACGUGACGGAUGCGCUAUAGUAGCACGCGAUAAUGUUAUUGAAGAGAGCCAGCAAAAAGCAGACGAACUGGAGCGGCAGACGGGGGAGGCAAGGGAGGAGCAUGGUACGCAGGUGAAUGCUGAAGCCCGCGUGGCGGUUGGGUCGACUCCGAAAGCACUGGGAGGUGGAGAUACAGCGAUACAGGAGGAUGGGGGGGACAGGGGGGAGGAUGGAGAGACGAAGCUGGCGGAUGGAGAGGCGAGGGGGGAUGGAGAAGCGAGGGAAGAGGUUGGAGAAGCGAGGGGGGCGGAUGGAGAGGCGAGGGUUGAGGAUGGAGGGGCGACUGGGGAGGAUGGCGGGGCGAAGGGGAAAGAUCGAGGGGCGCGAGAGGGCGAUGGAGGGGCGAGAAAGGGGGACGAAGGGAUGGGGGAGGAGCAGAGCGGCUGUGAUGAGACACCUGAGGAAGAGCUAUUACCCAAGUCGCAGCCCGCACCCCAGCUCACACACGUGCACGAGGGGAUUUUUAAGGCGCCACAAAAGCCACCUGAGGAAGAACUGCUGCCCAAGACGCAGCCCGCACCCCCGCGCACGUGCGUGCACGAGGAGCGAAGCGAGUCCGCGGCAAUGGUCGCGCAGGGUUGCGCGGAGGAAGCUCGAAGGGCGGCGUCAGGGUUGGGAUCAAACAGGAACGAUGCAAUUGUGUUGCUGAGUGAGAGCGAUGAUGAGCGGGAGGGGGAGGCGGGUGGUGAGGAAGGUGAUUGGGGUGGUGGUGCGAAGGAGUACCACAGUUUGAGCCAUGGACGGAGGCAGGAUGGAAGGGAUGAGAGAAGUGGUGGCGCGGAGAAGAGCAGUGGCGACAGGGAUGGGAGUCGGGAGGUUUUAGAGUGGCGAUUCUCAGCUACGGCCAUAGUCGAGUGUGUUGCGCCCAAGGAGAUUUUUGACUGUAGCAAAGAGAAUGGGUUGAUGGGCGAAACGGGGGGGAUUUAUGGGGCAGAAGCAACGCGAGGCAGUGACGCGGUUGUUGUAAGGGCGGCUGGAGCAGGGGAAACGAUGCAAGUGGCAGGAUUUGUUGUGAGAGGGGCGAAUGGGGUUGCUGGAGCAGUGCGGAAGGAGGGAGCGCGAACAGCAGCGAGAAGACGACUUGCAACGGAUGUUAUUUUGGAGGCACCGCGACUUUCCAUGCAGGAGGAGAGUGUGCAAGCAGAGCAAAUAGUACAAGCAGCAACGGAGGUGGCAGGGGGAGCAGCAGCAUGCAUGACAGCAGGAGCUUGCGGUGGUGCAGGAGAUUGUGCAGUGAAAGGAGCCUCGGUUCAGGCACGCCAUCCGGUAAGCGAGGUGAUAGCGGCGGGUGCUUUAGCGGAUGAAUCAGCAUCAGCAUCAGCAUCAGCAUCAGAAGCAGCAGCAGUAGCAACAGCGACUGCGACAGCCGCAGGUGAGAGCACAGGCACAGCAGCAGCAGUGGAGGUGCAGGGGGUGCGUGCACAGCCGGUCUCGUGCAGUGGGCAAAUGAAUGGCGAGCGCUUGGAAACAGUGACAGCCGGGUUACCAGAACCUCAGACUGGUGGUUACCUGCCUGCAGGCCUGGUAGUGACAGUUGCUCCUGAAUCCGUAGCAGGAGCAGCAAGCACAGAAGCAGGUGGCGCGGAAAUCGAUGAAGGGCAAGCAGAUUCAGGGGGAGUAAGCCAAGAUACCAAGGGAGAGGGAGAGUCAGAGGCAGGAGGAAGGGGAAGUGGCAGUGGAAGGGCGCGUGAGGGGCCAGUGGAGGGUUCGGAAGGCAGGGGGAUGGGAAGGCCGCUGAGUGGGAUGGGGCCGGGUCACAUGCAUGGGUUUGCUUUGAACCGCCUGCGCUUCCAUGGCAGGUGGGAAGAUGCUGGGGCUAGGACGACAGACAGGUGCUGUGAUGGUGAUGGUGAUGGUGAUGGUGAUGGUGGGGGGCGUGGAGAAGGUGGGGUACAGGGGGCAGGAGGGGGAGGAGGAGGGGUAGGAGAGGGGGGAGGAAGGGGGGGAGGAGGAGGGGGAGGAGGGGAUGUAAGUGCAGCACUGGCAGGGUGUGAGGGGAUAGGAAGGGCGGCGGAGCGGCAGCAGCAGCAGCAGCGGCACCAGCAGCAGCGGCACCAGCAGCAGCGGUUGAGGCCGCCGCCGCAGCUGGCAUGUGAGGCGGCGGCGGUGGCUGUGGUGCAGCAGCAGGACCCCGAGGAGGUGUCACUGCACGACCUCUUCCACCCCAUGCACACACUGCAGUCUGUCUUCGCUGCUACCUUCACUCUCGACCUUGACUGCCCUCCCCUCUCCCUCUUUGCACCCUCGCACUCUCCCGGUCGUGUGCCCGCAUGCUGA